GAGCGCCCCGGGGGUGGCGUCUGGGGCUGCGUGUGCCAGCCCGGAAGAUUUCAGCCAUGCCUCACAGCUCCGACAGCAGUGACUCCAGCUUCAGCCGCUCUCCACCCCCUGGCAAACAGGACUCAUCUGAUGAUGUGAGAAAAGUUCAGAGAAGGGAGAAAAAUCGCAUUGCAGCCCAGAAGAGCCGACAGCGACAGACUCAGAAAGCCGACACCCUGCACUUGGAGAGCGAAGACCUGGAGAAGCAGAAUGCAGCUCUGCGCAAGGAGAUCAAGCAGCUCACGGAGGAGAUGAAGUACUUCACGUCCGUGCUCAGCAGCCACGAGCCUCUGUGCUCGGCGCUGGCCACCAGUGCGCCCUCGCCCCCCGAGGUGGUGUACAGUGCCCAUGCCUUCCACCAGUCGCACGUCAGCUCCACGCGCUUCCAGCCCUGAGCCUCGAGAAAGGGGAGAGCAGAGCCCUCCGACCCCCAGCUGCUCCGGCAGGCCCCAGGAGGGGCACACAGACUGUGGCCCGGCUGCCCUCGUCCCUCACUGGCCUCUCUCCAUCUGGAGACUUGGAGACAGAGGCCUGGACAAGGAUCAAACACGAGGACCGUGGCAGCUGGAGGGGCCUGAGGCCUCCCAGCAGGCGGCAGCUGUUCAGCGCAUGUUGGACCCCGUGUGGGUGGAAAGCCCAAUCCAGAGAAGUAUGUGGCAUGAAGCCUGAGUCCCAUGACACAGAGAGAGCAGGGCAGAGAAGGGUUAUUUUUCUAAAUAAAUG